GAGAACGAGACAUCGGAUAGCAGGAAGCUUUGUUGGGCGCAGAAGACAUGGAAGCAGCGAGGCUGCUGAGAGUGUCCUGCCCGUUGCACUCAUGCCCGAGGAGAUCUGCCUUGCACUUGAGAUGGGCUGGAUUGAUCGGAGAAAUGUGAAAUAUGACCUGAGGUCAAGGAGCGAUUCAGCGAGUCCCUCCAAUGAGAAAGAGGAUGCCACGAAUGAUGCAAAGAUGACGACGAUAUCUAUUCCUUUCCUCCCUCCUCAAGAUUCCUAUAGCAUCGAGCUCCAUGCAGGUUUCUUAGACGAUUUUCUGAGAGACGUCAAUAACCAACGGAGAUAUCGAAUCUUCAAAGAUCUGUGGGAGAAAGGCUCCGGCUCAAAGUUCGGGGCAGACUUUCUCCUAUAUCCGGAAUGCUGUGAUGUUAUGAGAUUGCGAUGUUACGUGAAUGUGUACGAUAGGCCGAUAUAAUGGACUGUCAUGCCUCCCACUUGGUGUUUGUCGUAGACACAGUCGAAUUCCAAUUAAGGGUUCAAGAUGUUGUGGGGAUGAGUCGAGUUGCAGCAUCUGCAAACAAGAGGGUGGCCAUUGCUUGCGUCAACCACGAUGAGCAACCGAUCUACCAUGUCUUGUCGUACUUACCCCACCUCUCUACAGCUCGUGGAAUGUGAAUGAUCUCUUUACAGUCUAGUCUACAAACUUGAAUCUGCCAAACUCCAAGGAAUCGGUAAGGUUUACACCUUGAAAA